AUGUGGAAAUCAGAGGAUUCUCAUUCUCGGCUGGCCCCUCACCCAACUGAGCAGAGUGUAUCAACUAACAAAAUAAGUGAGUCCUUGCCGUUGGAUGAAAUCGACGAGAGCACGGCAUCGUCGGUACUGGUACCACUUCCUACGAAAGUGCAUCCUCGUAAAAGCAAAAUUUGGAGAGACUUGGGAAAUGUGUCAGAGGAAUCUUCCCAUACGAAAUUUUAUAAGAGAAACAGAGAGAAGAAGGAGUUCGAACAGACGACCAGGGAGGAAUUCUACAGUAUAUCCGAGUCGAUGUCAGGGUCAUCAGACACUUUCGAGUGUAUCCAUGGCCCUCACGGCAAAGAAUACACGGCGAAAGGGUUGCUGAAAAGAAAUAUUUUGAAGAACUUGGAUCCUAUUCCGAAAGACCCCAAAUGGAAUACCGAUUGUCCUCCGUCAUUCGGCUGGGAUAUGGCUCAGAUACUCGAGGAUAUGGUUCGGUGUCCCACCGUAGAGAGACAGAUAGAUCGCUUCCAGGAACAUCUCAGUGACUUCGCCAGAACCAGCAGCAAUGGAUACCGUAUUGACGUUCUGAGCAACGUUUGCAAAGUUUUAAACUACUUACUAGAGGCGGUAGCCGAUUAUCCUAUCCUAAAGCCUGGACUGGUGUCACUACUGAAGAACUUGAAGCACCCCAUUUUUUUAGUCAAGGCAUCCGACGUGGUCACCUAUUUCGACAAGCUUAUGAACUUCAUUGGGUAUAUAGGUUUCCUCUUAAUAGAGCUGGAAGACGAAACACUCUUCGAUAUAGUAGCUGCUGCUGUGAUCUGGCACCUGACGGCUCCGGAUAAGAUGAGAGGGCCGGGGACGGUUCACCUGCGACACUCCUUGACUGCAGCAGCUCCCGUACUCCGUCAGACCACCGUCAGAAUGCUCGCCAUCGCCAGAUCACAUAAAUUCCCCAUAUUUUUGGAGAUCGCACUUCUUCUAGCUUACGAUACGGCGGAGAAUUGUACGUUUGUCUAA